AUGUCUGCAGUAAUAGUAAGUGUAGUUAAGCUUACCUUUGGUCUGUUGUCAAAGAAAGUUUGUUCCUACUGUGCUCAAAGACUGCAAAAUGGUGGGCUUGCUAACAAUGAAUUUAGAAAGCUAAUUGUCAGUGAACUUGAUGAUAUCAAGUGUAGACUGGAUGCUCUUGGUCUCACAGAACUUGAUAAUGGGAUCAGCUGCUUAAACCAAGGUGUAGAGCGUCUAAAUUUGUCUUUUAGUGAUUCAGUAGAUGGUACUGGCCAAUCGCAAUUGGCAAACGCUUUUCAGAAACAAUCAGAAGUUUCGUUGACAUCGAUGGGGACAUCUAGUGAAGCUAUGCCAGAUAUUGAAGAAGUACUUGCACUUGCUCACGUCGUCGGUACGCUGAAGAGUAUUCCGAACAAACGAUAUGAGUUGGCCGAGGAAUCUUUUAAAAAUGCCGCAAGAGAUGCGGGCAAGGCAUUCCACAAUCGCUCACUAAGCAUAGAAGCGAGAAUUCUUGCAUGUCAAGUCCGUAUCGCAAGCGGAAUACUUCAACAUUUGGCCGAUCCUGAUUUAGCAGCCUGUGACUGUCUGCAAUAUUUGAAAGAAUUGCAUAAGAUUCCAGAAAUAUUCGAGAUCUUUGAUGUAUACGCUAACGGAGGAUUUAAAUCGAUUUUUAGUAGAGAAAGACGCGCUGAAAUCGUAGAAUCCGUCAUUACGAUCAAUUUGUCUCUGCUUGAUUUUAUCACCACAUUUGCAACCACCGAAAAACCAUUAAGUAUUUUCAAAUGGCCACUGAUAGAAUGUGACGCGAAUGUCUAUCAUCCAAUUUAUUAUGAAGUCACUACUAUGAAGAAUGAGCUAACAAGCAUAACACCGCCCUGGUGCAUUAAAGUUCGUGACAUGCUUCAAUUUAGAAGUCUUUCUGCUGUAAACAGUAAAGGAGAUAUAAUACUUUGUCCUGACCCUACUAAGUGUUUCCUUGCAAAAUUCGACAGGGAAACGGGCAAGUUAGAGCAAUUUAAUAUUCCUGC